CUCUGUUCAGCGCUGUACAGUCUGCAGUCUCUUGGUCAUCCCCUGUACUGUCUGCAGUCUCUGGUCAUCCCCUGUACUGUCUGCAGUCUCUGGUCAUCCCCUAUACUGGCUGUUGUCUCUGGAACAUCCCCUAUACUGUCUGCAGUCUCUGGUCAUCCUUUGUACUGUGUUUGCAGUGUCUCGCCAUCUCCUGUACUGUGUCCGCAGUCUCUGGUCAUCCCCUGUACUGUGUCUGCAGUCUCUGGUCAUCCCCUGUACUGUCUGCAGUCUCUGGUCAUCCCCUGUGCUGUCUGCAGUCUCUUGGUCAUCCCCUGUACUAUCUGCAGUCUCUGGUCAUCCUUUGUACUGUGUUUGCAGUUUGCAUCUCCUGUGUGUCGCCAUCUCAUCUCCUGUACUGUGUCCGCAGUCUCUGGUCAUCUCCUGUACUGUGUCCGCAGUCUCUGGUCAUUUUCUGUACUAUGUGUGCAGUCCAUUGGUUCAGAAUAUUUUUUU